GUUGGGACACUCGCAGCGCUACCCCCCUUUUGCAACUCUGAAUGGGCACUCGGAACUUGUGCACUUGUUGCUGGAAGUUGGAGCUGACAAGAUGCAGCAAGAGAUAAUUGGACAACCGCCAGCUAUUCCGAGCCGCUGGGGGCUUUGCUCAAGGGUUUGGUCAAACGCGUUUCUGGGGAUGCUGCUGCUGUCUUGGUGGGGUGCUACUGUCAGGGAGGCUGUGCGCCCGCUGCGCUGCCCGUUCUGCCAUGCUGAUGUGGUCCCUUGCAUUGAUCACGUGCUGUGGGUCUGUCCGUCCUUCGCUGCGCGAAGGGUGUUCCCGCGUCCCAAUUCAGCCUUAGCUGCGCGUUUAGGCUGGGAUGCUGGUUGGUCUCUUGACUCUUGUGUUGCGCUUUUGUGUCAGAUGGGAACUAUUAGGCGUGAAGAGCACACACCAAGGCAACAAACCUUGCAGGCGCCUAUCCCUGAAGACCUUGCAUGAAUGGCGGUGUGUGUCCUUUCAACCCGUGUCAGGUUGGGACACUUGCAGCGCUACCCCCCUUUUGCAGCUCUGAAUGGGCACUUGUUGCUGGGGGGGGAUGCAGUAAGAGAAGCUGGGGUACCUGGCCGGAAAGCGUUGUUUCUCGAAGCUGAGCUGACAAAGAUGCACCAACUAAAAACAUCAACCAAGGCUUGGACAUGGCAUGUGGAUGCUGUAUGCUUGUUGGAUGCUUGAGCUGACAGAGAUGAGAUGCAGCAUAAAGUCUUUGAGCGAAUGUGAUUUAAUGUGAUUUAUUUAUAUUUAUUUGAUGUUGCGCUUGAAAGAGGUGAAGUUGCAGGUUCGCCGUGUGGCAGGUCCAGUUUAUGGACCAGUUCCGUUGAACAGCAAAGCCCGCAGGCAUGAGUAUGUGUGUUUUUUCAUUUUGAUGGGGUGAUGAGGGAAGCACAAGAGGAAAGCAGCUGGCUGCAGUGUGUGGUCGGGUAGACCCGAAUCCUUGACUGAAACAUCAGAUAUCCAAUUCAGCCUUGAUCGUGGAUCAACACAUUGUAUAGAUCCAAGAUGUUUGGCAAAAUCUGGCGGGCCUAAACAGAUUCCAUGCCAACAUCCCAGAGCCCGGUUUUGGAACGUUUGAAGCUUGCAAAAUUCGGACACCCUGGACCAAUUUGCUGUUGCUUGUGUUUAGACUUGGGCUACGUACAUGUUUCAUUCCUCCAGUCCUCCAUGUUCAAUUGUUUCUUCCAGAUUCGUUCGGUCCCUUUCGGUUCCUCAACCCGUCCGUUUGCCGGUUGGAACUCAAAUCGAUCGGGGAGAACCUGGGGCGAUGCGACCAGCCCCGGGGAUGGUGGGAGACCGAGGGAUGGGUUUGCUGGGCCUGCUGCUGGGUGCCAGGGAAUCGCCCGCAGGAGUUACUUCAAGGACGCUUCAUUCAUAUUCAACAGGCCAUCCCCGGAGGAAAUCCUUUCAGACCCCCCCUAGGUGUUUUUUGGCCAAGUGCUGGAGAUACAGAGACAACGCUUUUGAGCCCAGGUUGCGAGUGAAGCCGCUUCAAAGUCUAUUCUCUGUGAAGCAAACAUUACUGGAGAAAGCACAGAAGGUUCUGCCCCCGGUUGAGAAGGCAAAGAGACGAGACUGCCAGUUCUUUCAUGGAGAAGCCGAGUUGCCAACACACAUGCUGGCAGCCAUGUUGCCAGAUGAAGUCUCCGUGGUCUACCAGUUGGUUGAAAGGUGUCUCUCCACAAGCAGCUGGGAAUUCGACUCCGAGCGGCCCUCACACUACGACGAGUCCGAGUGGGGGGAUGCCGCCAGCGGCGAUGCCUUGUGAUGCCGAUGACGAGCGGGGUGUUUUGUCCCGUUGAUCGGUGGGCUUUCGUUGGAGAACAUGCGGCGUAGAUGUGGUUAAG